UCUCCCCUCAAUAUCCGGGAAACGCGUGUGCCGGUGUCCUGAAUGUACAAAUCUGUCAGUUGUUGUAUCGUGUUACUUGUUCGUGCUUGUGAUAUUUUUGUGUAACUUAAUUAUGGCGAAUGAGAGCGUUACCGAACAGAUGAAGGAUCUGAAAAUGGACGAGAAGAAGAAUAGUAAAGAUGGAGGGAAAAAGAAAACCAAGAAUGCUGGUGGAGAUGCAGGUGGCAAGACCGAGUUGAAUCCUCUUCCACAAUACAUCGAUGAGCGUCUGUCCAUUUAUAACAAGCUGAAGGCAGAACAUGACGCCCUGCUGUCUGAGAAAGCAGAAAAAGACAGCAAGCCCAUCAAGAUCACACUGCCCGAUGGAAAAGUAGUAGAUGGGGAAUCCUGGAAGACUACACCUUACCAGGUUGCCUGUGGCAUCAGCCAAGGCCUUGCUGAUAAUACUGUGAUCUCCAAAGUGAACAAUGGGGUAUGGGAUCUAGACAGGCCCUUAGAGGAAGACUGCAGUCUGGUUUUUCUCAAAUUUGAUGAUGAAGAGGCACAAGCAGUGUAUUGGCACUCUAGUGCCCAUAUAAUGGGAGAGGCCAUGGAGCGAGUCUAUGGAGGAUGCCUUUGUUAUGGACCGCCCAUUGAGAAUGGCUUUUACUAUGAUAUGUUUCUUGAAAAUGAAGGCGUAUCGAGUAAUGAUCUUCCCUGUUUGGAGAGCUUGUGUAAGAAGAUCAUCAAAGAGAAACAGCCCUUUGAGAGGCUGGAGGUAAAGAAGGAGACUCUGUUGGAGAUGUUCAAGUACAACAAGUUCAAGUGCAGGAUCCUAAAUGAAAAGGUUACCACCCCAACAACUACAGUUUACAGGUGUGGACCUUUGAUUGAUCUGUGCAGAGGGCCUCAUGUAAGACAUACAGGAAAGAUCAAGGCAUUGAAGAUCCACAAGAAUUCUUCUACAUAUUGGGAGGGCAAGGCUGACAUGGAGAGCCUCCAAAGGAUCUAUGGCAUCUCUUUCCCCGAUCCUAAGAUGCUGAAAGAAUGGGAAAAAUUCCAGGAAGAAGCCAAGAACAGGGAUCAUCGCAAACUAGGAAGGGAGCAAGACUUGUUUUUCUUUCAUGACCUGAGUCCAGGUAGCUGUUUCUUUCUGCCUAAAGGAGCCUACAUCUAUAAUACGCUGAUCGAGUUUAUUAGAAGUGAAUACAGAAAGAGGGGAUUCCAGGAAGUGGUCACACCGAACAUCUACAACAGCAAACUAUGGCAGACUUCAGGACACUGGCAGCACUACAGCGAAAACAUGUUCUCCUUUGAGGUGGAGAAGGAGAUCUUUGCUCUCAAGCCCAUGAACUGCCCUGGACACUGUCUGAUGUUUGACCACCGGCCGCGCUCUUGGAGGGAACUGCCUCUGCGGUUGGCUGAUUUUGGGGUCUUGCACCGUAAUGAGUUGUCUGGAGCUCUCACUGGCCUGACCAGAGUCAGACGUUUCCAACAAGAUGAUGCGCACAUCUUCUGCUCUAUGGACCAGAUUGAGUCUGAGAUAAAGGGUUGUCUGGACUUCCUACGCACAGUGUAUGAGGUGUUUGGCUUCACCUUUAAACUGAACCUUUCCACCAGGCCAGAGAAGUUCCUAGGAGAACCUGAGGUGUGGGACCAGGCCGAGAAGCAACUGGAGAACAGCCUGAAUGAUUUUGGAGAGAAAUGGGUUCUGAAUCCUGGUGAUGGAGCUUUCUAUGGACCAAAGAUUGAUAUUCAGAUAAAGGAUGCCAUUGGCAGGUAUCACCAAUGUGCCACCAUUCAGCUGGACUUCCAGUUGCCUAUUCGCUUCAAUCUUACAUUUGUGAGCCAUGAUGGCGAUGACAAGAAGAGACCUGUGAUCAUCCACAGAGCGAUUCUGGGUUCAGUGGAACGCAUGAUCGCCAUCCUGACUGAAAACUAUGGGGGAAAGUGGCCACUGUGGCUGUCCCCACGUCAGGUGAUGGUGGUUCCUGUAGGACCCACUUGUGAUGAGUACGCGCAGAGAGUACAGCAGGAGUUCCACAGGGGAGGGUUGAUGACGGAUGUGGAUCUGGACCCAGGCUGCACCCUGAACAAGAAGAUCAGGAACGCUCAGUUGGCUCAGUACAAUUUCAUUUUAGUGGUGGGUGAGAAGGAGAAGAGCAGUGACACGGUAAAUGUUAGGACUCGUGACAACAAGGUGCAUGGAGAGAGGAGUCUGAUGGACUGCAUGGAGCGACUCAAGGAGCUGAAGGCCUCAAGAAGCCGUAACGCAGAAGAGGAAUUCUGAACUUCCUAAACAUCCUUCCAAGUCUUCCUUCAUAUGCUCAGAUGCUACUGGGCAGCAGCGUGCUGCUAUUCUGCAUUUAUGAUCCAUAAUUUCUCAGCCGGAUCAGUGUGGUUCACGGGCUCAGGUUUUAAAUCAGUGGCAUUAUUUAACUUCUCAUUCAAUUGUCCAAAAGUCUGAAGAGAUGAUUUAUCAGUAAUACUUUGCUUUUAAAAACCCUGGGAAUUUUAUUUGUCAGAAAUCCAUUAUACUUUGUUAUUACAAAGGGUCUUUUCUAUCAAUAUAUGAGAAUGGGUGAAAAUGACAAUUAAGUCUGGUAGCUUAUCUGAUGUUGUUGGGGAUGAAAUAAAACGGUAUAUCUUUCCA